AUGAUUCAUCUCUUGUGGUCUUUACCUGGCUUUAUACACGACAACCGGUCUUUCUAUGUAUCUUCUCUAUCUUUUAAAGAGAAAGAGAACCAGAGUUUACAAACCCCCGGUUUUUUAGAUAGUUUUUGCUCCUCAAAAAUACAUGAUUCUGGCUUUGGCUUACUAUUCUAUGUCGAGCAUCCAAAGGCAGCUCUGAAAUCGUUAACAGAUACAAGUACUCUUAACAAAUCAAUGAAGAUCAUUUGGAAAAAGUCUUGUACUGCGUCCACAAAGAUACUUAUAGGUCCAGAAAGCUCUGGUCAUAAUUCACUGAUACACUGUAAAGAUGUAUUGGAUCCGUGCCUACCUACCAUUCCCCGCAAAUCAUCUCUGUUACCCAAGCAUAUCUGUACAUUCCCGGUAGCUGUCAAAUCCUCAUCAACCACAGGUUCUGUGUCGACAACUAGCGCUAUGAUUCUAUCUCGACGAUCGAAUAACGCGAGUGAAGACUGGUGCUUUUUACACUAUGUCUCUGAAGUAAAUGGAAACCAAAGAAACCAAUGCCACACGCCUGCUGCUAUUCAAAAGAGAACACCUUGGAGUAUGUUGCAUGUCCAUGUGAGAGAGACACGGGCAAAUCCGGAUGAGCUUCGCAUGCUUGCUGCAGAGCUUAGUAUGAUUCGACAAGAGAAGCUGACACGCCCCCUGAAAAGCCGUCGAUAUCGGGAUGAGCGUGGGGAUGAUUUUGUGUGGGGUCGUAAAAGUAGUUUGAGAAACGUUGUCUAG